GAGAAAAUCCAAAAUUUCGGCGUCUCGCAAGCUCCAGCUGAAGACGCUGCUGCUGCAGAGGGCGAAGCGGGAGCUGGAGAAGGAGGAGCAGGAGAGGGCGGCCGAGAAAAUUCGGGUGCUGGGGGAGCUGUGCCCACCCCUGGCCACGGAGGGCAUGGGGGUGACGGAGCUGCAGGAGCUGUGCCGGGAGCUGCACGCCCGCGUGGCGCGCGUGGACGAGGAGCGCUACGACAUGGGGACGCGCGUCAGCAAGAACGUCACCGAGCUGGAGGAGCUGCGGCGCCGGGUGGCCGCGGGCCGUUUUGUGCGGCCCAACCUGCGCCGCGUGCGGCUCUCGGCCGACGCCAUGAUGGCGGCGCUGCUGGGGACAAAGCCGCGCGUGGGCACCGACCUGAGGGCAGGGCUGCGCCAGGUGCGCAAGGACGACGCCGAGAAGGAGAGCUACGAGGUCGGGGACUGGCGCAAGAACGUGGACGCCAUGAGCGGGAUGGAGGGGCGCAAGAAGAAAUUCGAGGGGGCGGCAGCCUGAGGGAGGAGCCCCCGUGGAGCCUCCCCUUCCAUCAUCAUCACCUUCAUCACCUUCAUCACCACCUUCAUCAUCACCACGGGCACUGGCACGACCCCCCACCCCAAAUAAACCCCCUCCCCGAAUAAACUUCCCUUUCAGCAUCAAUUAACGGA